AUGGUUCAGUCUGCUAAAGGGACGUAACAUUUCCAAGGGCAGACAGUGUGACUGAACUUGUGCCUCCAGUGCUGAGGAGUCUGAACACUGGGAUCAUGCUCAGCAGAGUGGGACAAAUACACAGGUGCACAGCCACCGUCAGCAAAGCUGUGGGACAGGUGUUGUCAGUCAGACAGAAGCACGCGCUGCCUGAUCUGACCUAUGACUAUGCUGCCCUGGAGCCCCACGUCAACGCAGAGAUAAUGCAGCUGCACCACAGCAAGCAUCACGCCACCUAUGUCAACAACCUCAACAUUACGGAGGACAAGUACCAGGAAGCUCUUGCAAAGGGAGAUGUGACCGCCCAGGUGGCCCUGCAGCCGGCCUUGAGGUUCAAUGGAGGAGGCCACAUCAAUCACAGCAUCUUCUGGACAAACCUCUCUCCCAACGGUGGGGGGGAGCCACAAGGUGAGCUGCUGGCAGCCAUCCAGCGGGACUUCGGCUCUUUCCAGAAGCUGAAGGAGAAGAUGUCUGCGGCCACAGUGGCCGUGCAGGGGUCGGGCUGGGGCUGGCUGGGCUACGACAAGGAGGGCGGCCGUCUGCGCGUGGCCGCCUGCGCCAACCAGGACCCUCUGCAAGGGACCACAGGUCUCAUUCCGCUGCUUGGUAUUGACGUGUGGGAGCAUGCCUACUACCUCCAGUACAAGAACGUGCGGCCCGACUACGUAAAGGCCAUCUGGAAUGUCAUCAACUGGGAGAAUGUCGGCGAGCGUCUCCAGACUGCUAAAAAGUAGCCCUCCCCACCAACCCCCUACCCUCCCUAACCGGCCCCCUUCCCCUCGGGGGAACUAGGUCAGUGGGAACUCAAACUGAGGGAGGGGUUGGAACCAGGCUACUGAAACGCUUAACGCACAAUGUAAAGCGAAUUAAUGUUGACCGUAUAGAACAACACAAUCCCACAAAAUUUAAGGCAUUUGACAUGCGUUCCAGGUUUGCCGAAUGCGCAUAAGUCAUUAGGCUGGCUGUAGGAUUUGUACACCAAUAGCACUUGCCAUAUUUCUACAUGUUGGAAAACCAAAACACAAACAUGUAUAGCCCAGUGAGUUCUUUUGUGGUUGUCUCAACUUGUUGCACUUAAAAUCCUAUUAUUUGAUUCAGCUUUCGAUGUAAUAUAAUAAAGAUAUAGGAAUUGAAAUAAGG